GGUCUUCACUGAACCUCUUCUUAUUCAAUCAACUAUAAGAAGCGAGAUGGACUGGUGAUAUGGCUACCCAGCAACUGUUGGCGCACUUCUGGACGUUAAGGGACGAUGUUAUCAUUCCGGACUGCGACCUUGGGGCCUUUAAAUACCAGAUGAAUAAAGAUGGGGAUCUGUUGUCAGGGCCCUAUGGCCAGCUCAAAAGAACUCUUUGCCAAAGCCGGGAUAAGAUUACCACUCCUAGUAACAAGCGUCCUUCACGUUUGAGAGAUAACUUGCUUGAAUUUGAGGAUCUGCUAGCCAAUCACAUGAUUGCUCAUAUUGGAUGGUCUGUGAUUGAUUUUGGUCUUGCUUUGAUUGUCUUUAGCAAUGGAUUUAUUGUCCAUCUGACAGUAGAUCUUCACCAGACAGAUGUCAUUGAAAUCAUUAUAGACAAGAGUCUUGAAGGGAAACUAUUAGCUGACAUUGUUGCUGUGUGCAGUUCAUCAGAAUUGUUGGUGAUCGCUCAUGGAAUCCCGCAACUAACUAUAAUCGCUACGAACCAGCCUGUUUUUAAUACAGUCCGCCCAUCUCUCUUAAACCAGUGUAACGUGACAGUCAACAGUGUACAGCUUCCCGGGCCUGGAACCCGCCGUCAAGAAAGGAAAAUAAGCAUUUCUCCCCAAAAUACUAGUUUUUGUCUCUGGUGGGAGAGAGAAGGCGGAGAAUUGUUUGCCUGGGCUCCUGUUGUUAGAGCAGAAGAUCGAGCAAAUAUCCUGGUCUACUCCAUUUCAUCUGAGUUAAUUGCGUGCCACUAUACGGAACACAAUCCAUUUUUGGUGGAGUUUAGUGCCAAAGACAAUGGCCAGCUGAGAGUGGCCGAGCUUUUAUCUUCAGCCAAAGGUCGGCUGAGUGUACAUUAUACCGUCUUCAACGUGCAGCAGCCAUUCAAGCCCAUUCAACGAAGAUUAUUAAGGAUACCCGCUCUUCCCAGAUGUCAUUCGCAUAGCCCAGACGAGCAAAUCCUGUUGCUAGGUUGCGUUGAUGCUUCCCUCAUCGCAUGGGAUGUGACAAGAGAUACAAUUACAACGAUCAAAUCUUCGUUCAUACCCUUUCAUUUGUCAUGGCACGGAGAAAGCGCUUUUUUCACCGUUUGCGGAGAAAGAGGUCAACUUCAAUGCUGGGAUCGUGCAUUAAACCCGCUUCUGCUUCGACUACAGCGCGGUACCGAUGGAUCGCCUGUUUUGCAUUUACAGCAAUAUCUUCGCCACCAGCCUUCAGUUCUUGCAUUGAAAUGGGCCGCCUUACCGGACCAUCUAAGCAGUCUUAGAGAAUCUCCAGUACAUAAUACGGCAACCCUGCAAUUCAGAUUAAAAUCUACACGGAGCAUUCGGAAGAAAUCGCGCUCUCCUGCCGUUCGGGAGACGGGACAAUAUCGCAGUAACACCACUAGAACAGCGGCACAAUAUUUAUUAGUCUGCUUCGAAAGAGGCCCUAUAUUAUGUCUUCAAUUCCUGACUAGCUGCUGGCCUGGCGGAUGCUCCCUAGACUCGCUGUCGAUUUGUUCUGAAUAUCUGUUAUGGCAGCAGUUGGAAGCAGCUGUACAGCACCUGUUGUCGCUCAAAUGGACCAAUGUUAGGAGCUUCUACGAGGAAGAUGUUCUGUUGAGCUGUCUGGUGAAAGUAGUUAAUGGCCUGUUGCAACAACCCAACCCUGUGGCUGAUAAUCUCCUGGAACGAGUCAUCAUCAACCUCCUAGGCGCUGUCAGAGGAGAUGAUGGCCUUGCGGAACCGGUUUUCGAUGCCGCUCGAAGAUGUUGCCGAGCCAUGUUUCGUCGCGGUCGUCUUCAGCUAGCUGCAGUCUACGCCCUCAGAGUACAGGAUCCUGAUUUGUUGAUCGAAUUGGUUCUCCAUGCUCGCAAUGCCGGCGAUGAAGCUUUGGUAUCGCAAGCGACAACUGUAUUGGACUGCGUCCGGGACGAAUUUUCUUCCACUAGUUCAUCUACGAGAUCAUCUCGAUCUUCGUCUUACAUUUCUAGUAGCGAUACGUCGGAAUCAUGUUCCACGUGCGACGAAAGCCACUCGACUCAUGACGAUCCAUCACAUCAAUUAUCGAACCUCAACUUAGAUGAAAACAAUGAGGACCAAGUCCACGUUAUAAGCUUUGGAGUAGUUUGAGCGAACCUACCGAAUGUUUUAGCUCGUUGCGCCUUUUUCAUCCCAUAAUGUGACACCUGAACACAAGCAAAUUCUCUUGGUGUUUUCCAAGAUUCCGGCCGAGCGGGCUAUAAUUCCACAUCCGAUUCUAUGAAGCGAAAUAACAAUCAAUCACUUGCUAUUUAUACUACUUCAAGUUGAAGUUACCUUUCGCCGGAAUUGCCGUCCAUUUUUGAACUGAUGUUGGAUCCGCGGCCAAGAUCGUCUGCUUGAGCCGUCACAGCAACUGAGCGUCCAAUUACAUCAUGUACUUUUAUGUGUUUGUCAAUGAUUCUGAAGGCUGCUCUACCGCUUUCGUCCGAAAGUAUGUUGCCUAAAUCUCCCAAGUGCUAUUGAUUACAGUUGAAUAAAUUCUAUCAGAAUUGUUA